AUGCUACAACUGCUAUCAACACCGCGGCCUGGUCGUCAGCUUGACACCUACAAACAUCUUUCCCCGACAUCUCUUGCACCUCCCAAUGUGACACAGAAGCAAAUGGACAACGACAGGAUUCGGGAUUCACCGUUUUUCGCCCUCGUCCCAGCUGAAGAGAAAGAGAAAGUCAAGAAAGGCAUUACUUUUGUCUAUGGGUUCAUGGAGAAGAAUGGUUGGAUCAAGAUAACGACACCACAGGGGCGUGGAAUGGUCUUCCGCAAACUGGACAAGGCCACUAAGGCGGACCGCGUUGCCCUCGUGAAAUCAAUGACACAAACGGAGAAUGGUCGCCGUGAACGACUUCUCCAAUUGGCAUCUAUUGAAGGGGACACUGACUUGACGCAGCAAGAUGGCACAGAUACUCUGAUCAAAUGUUUCCUUCAAAAUCUGAUUCGAUUCUUCGCAAUGGACGAGAGCUUCGGAUUCCAACGCGACAUGAACGACGUCGUUUGGUCCCUGUGCGAGCAGUUAUCAGCAAACUGUUUUCUGAUCUCGGCUUGCGAUUUUGUUGACCUUCAAAUUCAGAAGGAUUUGCAGCUGACGGAUACUGAGAAACGUCAACGCUUCGACAAGUCCCAGGUUGCCCGUCGAGUCAUGUCGGCAGAGGAUCUCGUCAAAUAUGUUGUGGAGAACAAAGGUAACUCUGGGCUUGAAGUGAUUAAAAAACUCGUCGGCCCGAAACAGGCGCAAGAACUGCAGUGCCACCCCAGCAACUCAAUUACCUUCAAUACAGGAUCCAUGGUCGAAUUUACCCUCGGGGCAUGGAGAGACUCGCCGGCAGGCCCUGGAUUUCUGGCGUUCACUUCGAAAGGCUUCAAGGCUUAUGGUGAACCCUCCCAGAUUCCUUGCUUUGAUGCAUUUGACCAAAAACCAGUGAAGUUUCUAGAUCUGGAAACUCCGGCUCCCUCCGAAGAGACCCUGCUGCAGAAACAGUUGCCAGCUAAGAAUCCCGGUUCUCGACGAGUGAGUCCGUCGGGCGCAGCCCAACAACUAUUUCCAGAGUCCCCCGCAGCAAGUUCCGUCUCCAGUUUUCAGGAAUCUAUGACGCUUUCAAACUCGUCUUCAUUACUUGACAUUGCCACGGGGAGUGAGGGCGGUGUCGAAUCGAGCGGAGUCAGUCGAGGGUUGUGGGGGUUCAACAAGGCCUUUGAUACGCUGCGUGGUUGGAUUGGUGAGAAACAGAAUGAAGACGGUGACGGGGACCACUAUUUUUUGGCCGGAAUGCCUGCUGUUCCCGCCGAAACCGGUAUAGAUCGUCACGGUGGCGUCCUGCUGGGUGGAUUCACAGACACAGAUAACAAGCAGUGGUUUCUUGUGUUAAAUUCAUGGAAGGACAUGCCCCUGUUCUUGGCCUCGGGAGAAUGUUUGGCCAAAGCCAAUACGGAUCUUGCAUUCUUCCAAACGCCGCUGAGCGAGUUCCCCAAUGGCUUUAUUCGUACGGAGAAGCGAUUUACUGGUUGUGCAUCGCCAUCAGUGAACAGCGAAGGAGACUGGAAUGCUCGAGACCAAGGAACUCUAUUGGAUGAAGCGUUCGUUAUGGGGCAAGGCCAACGUAGCGCACCAUAA